AAAUCGACCAUAAUUUGGGUCAAUUAAUUAAUUAAUAAUGAUAAUGCUAAAAAGCUUUUCUUUCUGGUAUUGGUAAACUUGUCACAUAACUAAAGCUUUCCACAUCAAUUUUCUAUUAUUCCAUCGGUUUGGAACAUCUGUUUUCAGAUUAACCAACCACUCACGGAAACUUCAAUUGUCCAUCACAACAUAACAUAACAUAACACAACAAUCAAUAAUAAUAUUAAUAGAAUUUCAAAAAAUUCCAUUGCUUGCAAACGAUGUCGUUUUUCACCGGUUUGAUCAUUGGCAUAGCCGUCGGCGUCGUCUUAAUCAUCGGCUACGCUAAAGCCCAGAAAGCAAGAUCAAGGCGUCGUUCCGAUUUGGCAAAAACGGUGGCUGCUUUUGCAAGAAUGACAAUGAAAGACUCUAAGGCAGUUCUUGCACCUGAGUUUUACCCGCCUUGGGUCGUUUUUACGCAGCGUCAAAAGUUAAAUUGGCUGAAUCAACACCUUAAAAAGCUUUGGCCCUACAUUAAUGAGGCAGCAUCGGAGCUGAUAAGGAGCAAUGUGGAACCAGUGCUUGAACAAUAUCGACCUGUUAUUUUAUCUUCACUCAAGUUCUCCAAGUUAACCCUUGGUACAGUGGCUCCCCAGUUUACAGGAGUUUCUGUAACUGAAGGUGAGAGUGAAUCUGGAGGAGUCAUUAUGGAAUUGGAGAUUCAGUGGGAUGGUAACCCAAAUAUCGUACUCGAUGUUAAGACCAGAGUUGGUGUUAAACUACCUAUACAGGUGAAAAACAUUGGAUUCACUGGUGUUUUCAGAUUAAUCUUCAAACCGCUUGUUGAUGAGUUCCCUUGUUUCGGAGCUGUUUCUUUUUCCUUGAGAGAAAAGAAAAAGCUGGACUUUACACUUAAAGUUAUUGGUGGUGAUUUAUCAGCACUCCCGGGAAUUUCUGAUGCUAUUGAGGAAACCAUACGAGAUGCUAUUGAAGAUUCCGUAGCAUGGCCAGUGCGUAAAAUUGUACCCAUUGUACCUGGGGAUUACAGUGAUCUAGAGUUGAAACCUACUGGAACGUUAGAGGUGAAGCUUGUGCAAGCCAAGGAUCUGUCAAAUAAAGACAUAGUUGGGAAGUCUGAUCCUUUUGCUAAGUUAUUCAUACGUCCACUUCGCGAAAAAACAAAAACCAGCAAAACAAUUAAUAACCAAUUGAAUCCGAUCUGGAAUGAGCAUUUCGAGUUCAUAGUUGAGGAUGCAUCCACUCAGCACUUGACAAUAAGGAUUUUCGAUGAUGAAGGGAUUCAGUCCUCUGAGCUCAUUGGCUGUGCUCAUACUCCUUUGAAGGACCUCGAGCCGGGUAAAGUGAAGAAUGUUUGGUUAAAACUGGUGAAGGAUUUGGAGGUCCAGAGAGAUACCAAGUACAGGGGUGAGGUGCAAUUGGAACUCUUGUACUGUCCUUUUGGCACAGAGAGUAGCAUUAAAAAUCCUUUCAAUCCCGACUAUGAACUGACUAGUCUAGAGAAGGUCUUUAAGAGUGGAAUUCAAGGAACAGAAGGCUCUGAUAUUAGCACAAUAGCCACUCAGAAGAAGGAUGUCAUUGUAAGAGGAGUACUGUCUGUGACGGUGAUAUCUGCUGAAGAUAUUCCGACAAUGGAUUUGUUGGGAAAAGCCGAUCCUUAUGUUGUUCUCAUAAUGAAAAAGUCCGGAAAAAAAGUCAAAACUAGGGUUCUUAGCGAGAAUUUGAAUCCAAUAUGGAAUCAAACAUUCGACUUUGUGGUCGAGGAUGCGUUGCAUGAAAUGUUGAUUUUGGAAGUUUGGGACCAUGACACUUUUGGAAAGGACAAAAUAGGAAGAGUGACCAUGACACUUACCAGGGCCCUAUUGGAAGGAGAAUUUCAGGACAGUUUUCCCUUAGAGAAUGCAAAAUCUGGAAGACUCAAUUUGCAUUUUAAGUGGAGUCCUCAGCCCAUAUUCCGAGACAUGUAGUCGAGGAAAGCAAAGCCAUAAUAUAAUGUAAAUGUAUAAAAUAUGUAUGUAUAUAUAUAUAUAUAAAUAGAGAGAGACAGGUGU